UGAAACAAUGCAGCUGCUCAUUACCACCGCUAGCCCAGUCCCCCCGCCCACCCACGACCCGACCAUAAUGCCAAUCUACUGUCCGCCAUGCCGCUGUGGCCCCUGCAUGUAUGAUGCUGUUGAAGCCAAUGGCAACCUGGCCGACGAAAGGCCUGCGAUGCCUCCUCGCUGUAUCCCUCUUCCACUCAUGUGCCCUGAGGAAAGUACCAUCGCCGCGCCCAACCCCCCAGUCGCAGCUGUGUAGCCAGUUUCACAUAAUUUGAAUAAAG